AUGAAGAAGGCUAAAGAAGAAAACCGUUUAGCUCAUAUGAAAGGGAAUAUUCUAUAUAUUGACGGUCAGGCCUAUACUUCAGAAAACCUAAAAUCUAAUGGAACUCAAAACGAAACAGGUCAAAUAUCCGAUACAGCAACAACUUCUCAACAAAAAACAAUAAAAUUAACCCAAUCUCUAAAAAACGACAAAGUACAAGAAGCGCACAUAGACGAAGCAGAAAAUAAUAAAAAAGAACAAAUAUUAUUAAAUGACACUGAUGAACGCAAAAAUAAUCAAGACAAUAAAAAUCAAGAAAGAGAAAAAAGGGAUAAAAAAGAUACACAAAACAUAGAAAACGAUAGGGAAACAAUACUUAACAGUGGCAAAAAUAUAAUUCAUUAA